AUGAUUUUCACUACUGCUGCUGAUGAUGACUUGGAACCAAUUGUUGAGAGUGCAUUUGAGAAUGUAGAACAGAGUCAGAACCAAUCUUUUCUGUUUCUUUCUUGUGGAGUUGUUGGAGACUGCUUUAUGGAUUGUGUCAACUGCCUGAUUGGAUUUGCCAAUAAUAAGAGUUCUCACCGGAUAAGUUUGAAGGCUAUUGCGCUGCUCCGAAUAUGCGAGGAUCGUUUUGCAGAGAUUAAUUUACAAAAAGAAGAAAAGGAAAACCCAGUUGCUGAAAUAUCGGAUUUUCUUCCGGGAGGUGAAGAUAUAAUUUGA